ACCAGCAGAGAAGACGAUUUGGAAAAGUGGAAGAGAAGAAGAAAAGACUGCAGCCAGCAUCCCUCUUUGUUCCUACAGAGCCACUUUAGCAGUCUGACCUCUGACCCUAUGGACUAGACUCCUCAUCAGCGGAAUUCUUCAGCCUUGGAUUUUUGUCUUGAUUUAGUCUGUGAAUAUUUGCACCAUCCUCAAGAUGCAGGCGCAACUGACAUGUAUUCUGCUGCUGUGCUUCACAUGCGGAGGACUCUGCUCUGACCUGGACCAAGAGCAGCGAGCGCUGGAAGAGGAGCUUCUCAGCAGCCUCUUCAGCUCAAAGUUGAAACAGCCCAAGCAGAACACCCCCUACUGGCGUGUGUCGCUGGCCAACCUGUGCAGGCUGGUGCAGCAGGGGUCGUGGAGGAGCGACGAACUGGGCGAGGGAGAGGAGGAGGAAGGAGGGGAGAUGAGAGAGGAGAGUCUGCCUGUGCUGGAGGAGCUCUACAGCCUCAAACACAUCUGCCAAGCAGUACAGAGCCGUGGAGAGAGGCUACUCCACGACUCUAUAGAAUAUUUCGAGGAGAACAGAGACACUCCACUGAAACGAAAAUCACCGUACAUCCUCAAGAGGCAGGUGCCUCACACCAGCAAGUCCCGGAGGCCUUACAUCCUGAAGCGGAGUUCCAUUUACUGACGUCCUGAAACCACCGAGAUGUGAUUGUGUUCAUCUAGUCGCUGCAAUGGUUCUUUUUUUCUAUUGUUUUCACCGUGUUGUUUUUAUCCAUUCAGACCCUUCAACUGUGCGUCCAGCUACUAGGCCUGUCUGUACUCCUGAAAAUAAAACUCUGAGCAUCACAACGCAAAAAACGUGUGUUUCUGGGAAGGAUAUUUAUUAAUGCUAUUUAUUCACCACACACUGCUUUGGCUGUAUCUUGUUUGAUAAAAAGAUUAAAGGAGGUGUGA